AUGGAGGAUGUAGUUCAUUUGUUCUGCAAAUGCCAGGUUGCGUCCACCAUACUCUCGAAUCCUCCUUUUAAUCUACAUGAUACUAUUUUACCAUCCCUUAAUUUCAAGGAAUGGAUGUUGGAAAGGGCUGUCACUCUGAGUCCGGACAGCUUUGCACGUUUAAUGAUGAUGAUUUGGGCUAUGUGGAAAAACAGAAACAACAUGUUGUGGUCUGGUAUACAACAAACAGCCCAAGAUAUGCUAUUAAGCAGCUUCUCCUGGCUUGAUGAGUUUCAGAAGGCUCAAGGAGGUGUGAAAAAACCUCAGGUGCUUUUACGUCCUAAGUGGAAACCUGAUGAGCAUGGUGCUCUUAAAUUGAACGUGGAUGCUGCGUUCUUAUCAUCAACAACUAAGGGAGGUGUUGGAGGCGUCUUACGGGAUGCCUCAGGAAGAUUUGUCGCAGCCUUUGCUAGUCCAGUUGGACAUGCUGCGUCUCCGAAGCAAUGUGAGCUCAUGGCCAUUCGGGCUGGUCUUGAUUUACUGGUCUCCCUCCAAGUGCAACAGGUGGUGGUGGAAAGUGAUAGCACAAUGGCCAUUGCCGAGGCUCUAUGUUCUGAUUACACACUAUUAGCUAAUGGAGGAUUAAUUGAUGACAUACGAUGUGCCAUGCAGAAAAUCCCAAGCAUCCGUCUUGAGUAUCAGCCACGAUCCUCCAAUAUGGUGGCACAUAGGCUUGCUGGCAUUGGGUUUGAAACUGGUAACAGUUGUGUAUGGCUAGGUCUAGCACCUGCUUGUAUUCGUGAUGUUCUCAAUCACGAUUAUCAGUACCUCCAUUGA